AUGUGCUUGAUGUUGCCUAAUUUCGCCUACUUUUUAAUUCUAUUCAAGGCUGCCUUGGAUCGACAGGCGUCAGGGACAGGAUGGCCGUCAUCCGAGCUCACGCUCGUGAGUUCUGACUUCUCAUCUAGCAGAGUUUCUCUAGUCGCUUCAUCGGCUGGUCACAGUUCAGCAACGUCCGGCGAAUUGGUCCUCCAUCUCGAAGGUCUAUCCCUUCCGCAGCGUCUUCCCGUCCUGCUUGAUGUCCACCUAACUCGGCGUUUACUCGCCCAGUUCACAGGCCACCCUCCAGACGUAUCCGGCUCGCCUGCCAGGACCAGACUUAUUGCCAGUAUUUCGACUGUUCCUGGGCCAGAGGCUCAACCUCUACUUCGCAUGCGGCUGGUGGCGCAAUCCAGCCGAGUUACCGGUGGCCAUGUUUGCAGGCCUGCAUGGUGUGGAGGCUUGCGAAGGUCCAUGAGGCGGCGCGGCAUGCCAUGGAGAUUACGCCCUCGUAUGCUCCAACUCUCUUCGAUUACAUGCAUUUUUAUCCAGUGA